AUGGCUGUUCCACAAUUAGACCCAGCAAAGUUGCAACUUGUUCAGGAGUUGGAGAUUGAGAUGAUGUCAGACAUGUACAACCGUUUGGUCAACUCAUGUCAUCGGAAAUGCAUACCAUUGAAGUACCAUGAGUCCGAACUAGGAAAAGGUGAAUCCGUGUGUUUAGACCGUUGUGUGGCGAAAUAUUUGGAUGUUCAUGAACGCAUCGGUAAGAAGCUGUCAAAUAUGUCACAAGGAGAGUCAGAGGAUCUCACGAAAAUGAACCUACAAGACACCAAAAAAUAG